UUUACGGCAGUGUGGCAGGAAAAGCCUCUGAGCGGCCCGUGGUUCGGGAGUGAGUGGAGGUAACCAAGGGACCCUGUGCUGAUUGGGUCUGAAACCAUGGACGUGGGCGAACUUUUAAGUUACCAGCCCAACAGGGGCACAAAACGACCCCGGGAUGAUGAAGAGGAGGAACUGAAGACACGUCGCAAGCAGACUGGUCCUCGAGAACGUGGCCGUUAUCGUGAGGAGGAGGCUACAGCAGCUGAAGAAACAGAUGAUGAUAAAAAAAGGCUGCUGCAGAUUAUUGACAGGGAUGGCGAGGAAGAAGAGGAAGAGGAGGAGCCACUGGAUGAAAGCUCAGUGAAGAAGAUGAUCCUCACAUUUGAAAAGCGAUCAUACAAAAACCAGGAGCUGAGGAUCAAGUUUCCUGACAAUCCGGAGAAGUUCAUGGAAUCUGAGCUGGACCUCAAUGACAUCAUUCAGGAGAUGCACGUGGUGGCCACUAUGCCGGACCUGUACCACCUUCUCGUGGAGCUGAGUGCUGUGCAGUCACUGCUCGGCUUGCUGGGACAUGAUAAUACAGAUGUGUCCAUAGCCGUGGUCGAUCUGCUUCAGGAGCUGACAGACAUAGACACCCUCCACGAGAGUGAAGAAGGGGCAGAAGUCCUCAUCGACGCUCUGGUGGACGGGCAGGUGGUAGCGCUCUUGGUACAGAAUCUGGAGCGUCUGGAUGAGUCCGUGAGAGAGGAGGCUGAUGGCGUCCACAACACCCUAGCUAUCGUGGAAAACAUGGCCGAGUUCCGUCCGGAGAUGUGCACAGAGGCUGCCCAGCAGGGACUCCUGCAGUGGCUGUUGAAGAGGCUGAAGGCCAAGAUGCCCUUCGAUGCCAACAAGCUGUACUGCAGUGAAGUGCUGGCCAUCCUGCUCCAGGACAAUGAUGAAAACAGGGAGUUGCUGGGGGAGCUGGAUGGGAUCGAUGUGCUUCUUCAGCAGUUAUCCGUGUUUAAAAGACACAACCCCAGCACAGCGGAGGAGCAGGAGAUGAUGGAGAACCUGUUUGACGCCCUCUGCUCCUGCCUAAUGCUCAGCUCCAAUCGUGAGCGUUUCCUGAAGGGCGAGGGCCUUCAGCUCAUGAACCUCAUGCUCAGGGAGAAGAAGAUCUCCCGGAGCAGUGCCCUGAAGGUACUGGACCAUGCCAUGAUUGGGCCUGAGGGCACAGACAACUGCCACAAGUUUGUGGACAUACUCGGCUUACGGACCAUCUUUCCACUCUUUAUGAAGUCUCCCCGGAAGAUUAAGAAAGUGGGAACCACAGAGAAGGAACAUGAAGAGCAUGUCUGUUCGAUCCUGGCUUCCCUCCUACGAAACCUGAGAGGGCAGCAGCGAACCCGGCUUCUGAAUAAAUUUACCGAGAACGACAGCGAGAAGGUUGACAGGCUAAUGGAGCUGCAUUUUAAGUAUCUGGGUGCAAUGCAGGUGGCCGACAAGAAGAUAGAAGGAGAGAAACAUAGUACGCAGAGAACAUUGGGGACGGCCGGAGCCCUGAAUUCCGAGAGACUGAGCAGAAGCGCAUCCUGGGCUUGUUGGAAAACUUCUAGAACGCUGGGCAGAGUGUGUCUCGGACCCCUGGAUCCCUCCUGGAAGCCGUUUUUAGACUUGUGUGGCUUGAACAAAUUAAAGCUAGUUUUGGUAUUCUCGGGCUGACAUUCAGUGUGAAAGCCUCCCCAUCAACUCUGUCCCGCUCCUCCACAGCAGGCACGGGCACACCUAAGGAAGGCCAGAGCUGGCCUCACCCUGACUCCCCUGUCAUAGGGAGUGGGGAGGGUGUAGAGGAUAGGGCAGCCGAAUCUGGCUUGACACUAAGAGGCUGGUGGUGACAGGAGGCCCCUGGUGUCAUGCAUGUGGAGGAGCUGUUCGUUCAUGCACAGCACCCUGAGUAGUACUCUGAGCCCAGCACUGCAGGCUCUGGGGGCUGCAGGGUACAGAGAAUUGCCCUCAUAGCAAGCAGUCCACCACAGCUCAGUCUACAGUGCUUCUGGCGUACUGUGAGAGGGCCAGCACUGACCUAAAACACUACAGUCAGCAUUGUCUACACUUAAUCUCAUGUCCUGUGAGGGCAUGUGGCACAGUGAGGCAUUCUGAGAGAGGCCACAAUCACAGCCUUUAUCACAUCAGAAGUCUGUUAAAAUUUGCUAUAUAAUGAUUUGUUGUUGAUUACUAUGUUAGACUUCGUUUUAAGUGUUUAAUGGUAAACAGUGCACCACACACACCCACCACACACACACACACACACACACACACACACACACACACACAUAUUCAGUACUAAGCACAGCCUGAGACAUGUAUUGGGGGUGCUGAAUGUCUCCACGGGUUAGGAGGCCAUGUAGUAUCAGAUGGCUGGGCAGUGGUGGUUCAUGCCUUUAAUCCCAGCACUCGGGAGGCAGAGGCAGAAGGAUCUCUGAUUUGAGGACAGCCUGGUCUACAGAACAAGUUCCAGGACAGCCAGGGCUACACAGAGAAACGCUAUCUCAAGAAACGACCCCCCCCCCCAAGAAAAAAAAAAAAUCUGGGAAUGGCCCUGGUGCUGGUGUUUUAAGCUCAUGAAAGGUUCUGAGCCUGAGGGGCAAGGGAGUGACAGAGGAUGACCCCAACCUUACCCAAUUGGAUGUGUGGUUUUGACCUCUUGUGACAGACAUCUCCAGAGCAGGCUGACAGUGCCCCAGUGCUCAUGGGAAUGAAGAGCCCAUGAUGACAGAUGUGGUGGGCACGUUCGAUGCUGACUUCCUUCCAUCUUGUGUGACUGUGACUUUGGAAGUGUGGUCUCGCCUCCUGGCUGAGGUGAAACUCCUCCUCUCCUACAAACAUCGCAGUUGGCCUCAGAGGAGAGUCCUCCAGUGCCGGGGUGUGUGGAGCAGCAGUGUGGAAACAGGAUUUCCUUACAGCAAAGCACGAGCCCUUGGUCACCAAAGAAGCUGCAAGGAAUGCCACACCCUCACACAGGCCCAUGCUCCUCACUGAACCCCAGGGAGCCAGGCAUCGUGUAGCCACCAAGCACACUUGAUGUCAGGUAGUGUCCCCGGGGUGCCGGGUACUGGAUGUAUAAGCAGAGGCAGCCCUUGUGUGCCGGCCUCUGGAGGGCUGUGUGAAGAUGGAGAGGGUGUGUCCCACCAUGAACUGAACAUCCCAGCAAUGUGGGAUGCAGAAGCGAUUUACAUGCCAGUUACUGCUUACAUCACUUCUGUGGCCAUCGUAGCUACACACAAUACCUGCUUCCUGCUCCUAUACUUUCUCACGGCAGCCCUGUUGGCCUGGCCAUCCCCAGCUGUGGGAAGCCAAUACUGAGGUCUGGUGGUCACACAGGGCUCGGGUCCUUUGGCCAGUGAACCACAACCCACAUUCAAGCCGAGGUCUGUGAUCUUGCUGCACUCCCCCAGUCUCAGAGCAGUGGCGGACUCGAGUUUGAUCUGUCAGUGUGCUGUGUCUCUGUCGAUGCAAGCUUUAAUGAGUGCACAGAACAGAGCAUGUGCAUGGAUGACCUGUGGAAUCACCGGCUUUUCCAGCUAACGCUGAGUCUCCUCUGAUCAUUGCUCGUUCAAUACUUCUUGUAUUUUUUUUAACUUUAUUGGUUUUUAACCAGAGAAUACUUACACAUGGUAUCAGAGUUCAAAACUUAAUUUUAAAACAUUGCAUGAAGAGCCUCCUCAUUCCUGGAGCUGCUCCUGCCUCCCAGCCAUCUUCCCAGCAUGUGGACAGCAUUGUCCAUCCAUUUGAGGUUCCAAAGGCCAGGCCUCUCGCCCACACGCAGGUCAGCCAACGCAGGAAGCCAGGCUCCAUGCAUCUCCACACACCAGCCCUCUGUCAAUGGCUCUUUCUACCUGCCUGCCUGUUUAUCAUAAGCUGCUGAAGGUCCUGUUUGCCCCAAAGCCCCUCUGCCAAAACAAAUCCAAACUUAUCCCUUAGUCUCCCAAAUGAACACACUUGCCUGGGCUGUGUGAGGCCCUGGGUUCAGUCCCCAGCACCCCACCCCUACACAUGCACACCAUGUUUCACAGGUGAGGAGUGGGCCCUUUCUGUCAGGUACCAGGGGAGAGGGAGCACAAAGCCUAAUCCUCACAGAGGCAGAAGAGUGCACAGUCCCAGACACUGCCAGACCAGGGGACACACCUAACAAAGUAACUUCCGCUCCAGUCAUACACCUCACUCCAUAAAGCUGAGAACUAUCAAUGCAACACGGACCCAUGUCUUUCUGCUAACUAGGAACCCCAGACUCCUGAGUCUGCUCACAGCCAACUAAGAUGCUGUCUGCUUCACAGAGCAGUUUGUGCCCACCCCCUGCCCUGGAAGGUUUCCCUGGGCUCCAGUGAAAGCCACCUCUCUUGUCCUGGGGUCUGAGCUCUGCAUUCUUGAGGUUCAGAGCUCUCCCUUCUUGCCCAUCCUGUGUCCACAGCUGAGUGGUCCCAGAGCAGAGCACUGCAGAGAGGCAGCAUUCCUUUUCCCAUCCAGGUAUGAUCUAAGAAACCUUAGCUAGCGCCUCCUAAGGAGAAGGUCAUGUCUGCCUCCUUCACCUGCUGCUUGAUGGUGGGGGUCCACAUGCCUGAAUCUAGUGGCAGCAAGAUGGGCGAGCCUAAUUAAGAGAGAUUUGCAUACAGGCUGCAUUCUUUUCCAUGGGGGACCGUGGGGGAGCUGGAAGGCAUCCCUCAGUCAACCAGAGUAUUACCAGUGCCCAGGUGGCACCGUCUGCCAUUACCACAAGCGUCAAUUUAGUGUCAGCAGGGAGACGAGACUCGCUUUCCUAGAGGCAAGACUUCUUGAUGAGAUUUCUUACCCAGCAGCAGAGGUAAAGGCAGGCCCACAUUUUCAAUCUGCUCUGUUCUUUGGUGCACGUGGAAAGUGGUUGGAAGCACAGCAGUGGGCCUUAGUUAUCGGUGCUGGGGAAAAUGGCAAGCUUCCUCCACUCACCUUCAUCUUGAUUAGCUAGCACAUGCCCUUGGUAGAGGCUCGUGACGGUGUAUAAGGGUGCACUGUGCAGAUCUCCCUGCCAGAUCUGUCUCCUGGCCACACAGCCCCCUCCCUGGAAGCAGCCCCUGCUGACUAGACCAGGCACCCCCUCCAGGCCCAUCCAGGUGGGCUCAUCUUGUUCUGCCCCUUGCUUUCCAUUUGAUACCUGCCACGUGGCACACUUUGCCCACUCUAAAGGCCAAGCUUCAUUGCAGAGCUGGCCCUGAUGGAGCUGCCGAGUUUUAAUGGGCACAUUGCUUGUUGCUGAUCUUUGGCUAAUGUGCCAGUGUGUGAACAUGCCGUGUAGGCCAUCACUUCACACUUGUGUUUAAAUCUAAAGGAGAGUUGCAAAGUCAAAGAGGAGAAGGCAUUGUCCUUGUUACUAUGUGGACAUGUCCAUCCACAGCAUGUACUGUGUCCUCCUGCAUGGGAAACAGGUGGUUCUGGGUCAAUGGGGCUCUGGUGGCAUUUGGCCUACAACUCUCUUGUGAGUCUCUCCAUUCAGGAUUUUAGAAUGUCUUUGCAGGGUGUGUGGUGUAUUAGCUGGUAACCUCGGUGUCUCUGGUUUCCACAAGCCACAGGCCUUCCUUAGGGAGUUCAGCUACAUUCCUCCCCUAGGCCAGUGUGUUAUCAGUAUCCACAUGUCAACCUGAUCUAAAGCAGCAUUGGUCUAUAGGGCAGAGCUGAGAAUGGAAUCUAGUCAACCAUGCUCCAGAUCCCAGAGCCACACAAUCCCUCUCCCCAAUCCCCACUCCCUCCCCUGCCCUCCCAAGGAAGGGAUCUGGAAAAAGAAGAAGAAAGCACUGGACACACUGGAAGCAGAGCCUUUGCUAGGGGUUCAGGAGGCCCCAGGACAGCCUCUCCCCCACCUGGCAGCUGUGGAUCCCCAAGACCAUGAGUGGAGGUCACUUAAGCCUUCCCAUGGCCAAGCCCCAUGGAAGCUGGGGGUCAUGCCUAGUCUCCCAGCCAGCUCCAGGUCAAGCCUUGUCUCCACUGCCUGUGGCCCUUUCAAUCCUUACAGAAAGAGAGGAACAGCCCACUGCAGCCCAGGGAGCUGAAUUCUGACCCCCAGGCAAGAGCCAACCUCACAAAGUCACCGAGGCCAGGGGCUAAGAGAGAGCAGCUCCAGUCCCUGUCAGCCCAGGCUAUCCCUAGCCGUCUUGGACCUGGGCAGGUGGGUAGAAGUCACUGGAACAGACUGGAUAGAAGCCAGACCAUGUGCCUGACCAGAGCCUCCAACCAGCCAUCCAGGAGCUCAGCCCAGCAGCCUGAGCUGUGAGAUACCUACCCACUAUUACGGUCUCACUAAGGAACUAGUUUUGGGAAUCCCCUACAGACUACUCCUCUACCCCCACAUGGUACCCAGGUAUCUUCACCCAUCCCUCCACCUUUUGCUGAACAGCCACCAGAUGCCACAUGGGAACAAUGCAGCUAUUAUACCUACCUGAGGGAGCCUUGACCUUGUAAGACAAACUGGAAGUCAGUAAACAUGUGAACGAUGCAUAGGACAAUUUCUGAGAGUCAAAAAAGCAAUCAAGGUGUGCAGUGGAGGAACUGAGGAGCAGGGGGGUGAUCAGGCUUAGUGGCCUGGGAAGGACUCUGUGUGAUCUCGUCCCUUUAGAACCUGAGCUGAGUUCCAAAUGGUGUCGAAGAGGCAGGAAGUAGAAAAACUGGAGCAUAGGAGUCCAGUAGACACCAGUGCAAAUGUCCUGAGGCAGAGAGAAGACAAACCACUCUCCCGAAAGCACCAGAGCCCACAGCGACUGGACUCAGGGAGAGGCAGGGGCCAAUCGGGGGUCAGUCCAAAGCAGCAGGCACAGGAGGUGAGGGGUCCUGAGCUUGGAAGGGGUGAGCACUGACUUGAAAAGGAUGACUCCGGGGGCUCGAUGGAGGCUGCACUGUGGAGGUUGACAGGGCAAGAAGGAGCUCCAAGGGCUUGGGCCAAUGAGGAGCCUCAGUAUUGUGAGCCACGGGGGCCUCUGAAGAUUGGGAUGGGGAGGUGGAGGUAGAGCCAGCCAGGCUUUACACUCCAGGCCCUGCCCAGAGGCAUCCCCAGCAAUGAGGCCUGGGAGCCAUUUCCUGGGCUAACAGGAGCCAGGUGGGGCUGUGGAGAGCCUGGCUCAGUGUAUAAAUAUCUUUAAUGAAUAAAUAGAAAUGCUUUUAAGGC